AUAAUGUGUUCGAAGUAAAAAAUUUGGGGGGGAAGGAGUAACUUUAUAAAGAUGUGUUCAUUGUUGUGGUAACUGGCGGAGGACUCGUGUGUGGCUGUGUCCCUGGGGCCUGUAGUUACCUACACUACACCUACCAUCAAGAAAAAGGCAUAUAUUAAAGCAAGAACAAUGCCGAAGGUUGUAUCUGGCAGCGUGGUGGUGUCGGAUGCCAAGGACCAGCAGGAAUAUAGUGAGGACAAACCUCUAAUAGUCUACUAUUGUCUAUGUGGUCAAAUGGCUGUUAUUCUUGAUUGUUCAAUGGAGAAACUGCCACUUCGGAAACGUGAUGGAGCCAGAGUUAUCGAUGGAUCUAGACAUGCUCACCGUCUUGUUUGUGACCCUGAUGAAACAGUGUUUAUUCGGAGGUCAGAGGGUGUUGAAAGACAGUUUAGAAAAAAAUGUAAAAAGUGUGGUCUUCUUUUGUUUUACCAGCACACUCUCACAUCUAAUACUGUCUUUGUUGUUAAGGGAAGUGUGGUGCAGAGUGGUGGAAAAUCAGUUGCACAGCAGGUUGCUGAUAAACCAAAGGAUCGCAUUCUCAUUACGCGCCACACCAAGAAUAUGGGCAAAUUUUCAUCAGUAACUGUAUCUACAAUUGAUGAAGAGGAAGAUGAAAUUGAAGCGAGAGAAGUUGCAGAUUCCUAUGCCAACAAUGCAAGAAUUAUUGAAAAACAAUUGGAACGGAAGGGUAUGAAUAAGCGCAAGAGCCAACUAGCCUCGGAAGAGAGUUCAUCUGCAAAACAAGUCCGGGGAACACUUAUUAACCAGUAGUUGUAUGUUGUACAUAUUGAGUGUAUUUGUAGAUAUAAAACAAUUCAUGUUUUGAUUAGCAAAAUGAAAAGUGAAUGCUAGAAUUAAUACAAGUACUGUAUAUAUUAAUUACAUGGAUUUUAACUAUUUUUAGGGUUUGUAAAUACUAUGUACAGUAUUGUAAAGGCAUAUAUAUACACACACUAUGAGGUUGGUUAAUUUGAACUCGUCAACCUAACAUGUACGGUACUUGAAAUGUGCUGAGACAAGACAUUUUCAUACGAGUUUCUAAGUCUCCACAAAUUAUUAUUGUCCACGAGUGUUUUAUGAUGUCUCUCUUAUGGCCUGUUUACAUACCACCUGACUUUUAAGUUAACAUAUGACGUCUGUUAGUGUUACUAGAACUAGUUACCAUCAGUCACUACAGUUGUUAUUUAUCCAAUUAGGGUUCACAAGGCAAGCAUUUAUGGUGUUGGAAAGAUUCGCAGAUUGAAGUGUAUUCUGAUACUAGUAAUAGUACUUAAUAUAUACCUCUCUGACUCCUCUAUGUAAGUACAGAACUUAAGAAUAAAUUUGCCAAGAUGAGUGCCCCUGAACAGUGUGAGUGGAAGAGUGGGCUCGCUGCCCGUCAUACCCGUAUGGUCUAGCAGGGGGUGCCAGGUUUCUUGUGAGCAUAAUUAAUAUUUAAUAACUUGGGGCUUCCUAUAAACUAUCCCCAAGCUGAUAAAUUUCUAUAUCAUUGAAUCUAUGGAAGUUCAGGGAGUGAGCAAAAUUUAUACACGAGUAUGUCUCGCUUGGAUGGCAUACUAAAUGAAUAGUUGGACACUAGGCUCAUAAUGUAUUGGGCCCUUGCAUUACCUGCACCCAGAGCCUGCACAGCAUCUCUGGAAUUGGCAGGAAGGCUGCAUGGCUCGCCAAAUAGUGUGGCUUCAUUGAGAGGAAGGGUGACUCCAUGACCAGUAAUAGCUUUAUAGAAAUUAUUAAAUGAAACACGGCAGCACAUUUAACAUGUUUAUGUUGUGACUGUAUUGAUGCAAACCCUAUUUUUUGAGUUACUUACACCCUGGCAUUGUUUCAGUAAAUGUAUUUGACAUGUACAGAUUGGAAGUACAGAUGACCUGGUUAGGAUUUGUUAAAAAUACACUUAGAUUUUUAAUUUUUUAAAUAAGUUGCCAACAUAGAAUUUCCUGUACAGUAUUAGCUUAUAUCUAAAGCUGUUGGCUACUAAGUACAAACUUAUUACAGUAUUGCACACAUUACACAUCCCUAUAUACAAGAUAUUUAAGACUCAAGUGUCUUAAAUAUACCUUAUUGUAGCUUGCAGCUGCAUCCUUUUAUGCACAAUAUUUAUAUUAAUACCAUUAUUUUCAGUUAACGUUUAUUCGACCACACAGUUCCUCAAUAGAGGGUAUGUUGCAUAGAUGUUUGUGAUUUUUUUUAAUUAUUUAUGCAACAUAUGCAGCACUGUAAUGAUUGUUUCCAUAUUGGCUGUAUCAUUUGCCUACUUCUACCCUAUUUUGUGACUCACUUCCCUGUAGUGUGAUAUAACACAUACUAGACAUUUGUAAAUAAAUUGGCAUUUUGUAUCGCAUUGUAGCCACCUAAAGUUCAA